AUGGGUGGUGUCCUACAGAGUGCAUUUACAUUUAUUUUAAGUGUGGAAUUCAUAAUUGGAAAUUUAGGAAAUGGAUUCAUAGUACUGGUGAACUGCAUGGACUGGGUCAAGAGAAGAAAUAUGUCUUCUCAAAUCCUCACUGCUUUGGUCAUCUCCAGAAUUUGUCUUCUCUGGUCAGUGGUGAUAAGUCUAUUUCUGUUUGUGCUUUUCCCAGGUUUAUUGAUGCCUGCAGAAUUGUUUAGAAUAAUUAAGUUUCCCUGGAUGGUGACCAAUCAUUUCAGCCUCUGGCUUGCUACAAGCCUCAGCAUCUUUUAUUUUCUCAAGAUAGCCAAUUUUUCCAACUCUACUUUUCUUUACCUAAAGUGGAGAGUUAAAAAAGUUGUUUUAGUGGUAUUGCUGAUGUCUCUGGUCUUCUUGCUAUUAAAUAUUGUUCUGGUGAGCACAAAUAUUGCUGUCAAGAUUGAGGGAUGCAAAACAAACUUAUCUUACCAUUCUAGCCUGAGAAAUUCUGCACAGUUUUCCAGAUUUCAAGUAUUUAUCUACAGUGCAUUCUAUUUCAUACCCUUUACUGUGUUCCUGACAACUUUUCUCCUGCUAGUCUUCUCCAUGUGGAAACAUCUGAAAAAGAUGCAGCAAAAUGCCCAAGGAUCUAGAGAUGCCAGCACCAUAGCACACAUAAAAGCCUUGCAGACUGUGAUCGCCUUCCUCCUACUGUACACCGUUUUCUUUAUUACUCUUGUUGUACAAUUGUGGACCUUUGAGUUGCAGGAGAAAAAUCUGAUCAUCUUGUUUUGCCAGGGUUUUGGAAUUGCUUUUCCUUCAUGCCACUCAUUUAUCCUGAUUCUCAGAAACAGCAAGCUGAGACAGGCCUCUCUUUUGGUGCUGUGGUGGCUGAGGUGUAGGUCCAAAGAUGUGGAAACCUUGAGUCCCUAA